CAAGUGGCACUGGCAAUAAAGAGUCAGAUAAAAAACCCAAAGGUGGGACAUACAUUUUAUUAUUCAAUAUUAUUUCACGUUAAAAUGUAAUCUUCUUCAAACCCGCACAAAUUAUUUAUAUAUUAACUUCAUCAUAGCUGUUAACUAGUUGUACAAUUUUAACUGAUUAUUUUGUCUAAACCUCACCCCCAAGGGUGUUAGUGUACGUGUUUAACUGAUGGUAUUUUCAUACGUAUGUUCUCAAUAAUAAGACCUUGCAUUUCGGGUUUCCUUCUAAACUAAAUUUCAAACAGUAUGAUAAAAUGAUUUUAGAAAAAUCGUUCAAAAAAUUUAAGGCUAUAAUUUUAAACAAGUAUAUUGUAACAAAUUGAAUACUAAAUAGUUACAAUAAUAUAAACAUCUAACGUAAUGUAGAAGUAGAGUUAUACAAGUUAGUAGAUACAUAUAACAAGAAAUUAUAAAUAUCGUAACAUAUCAUGAAUACUCUAUAUAUUAUACAUCUUGGUCCAUUAGCUUCGAUUAUAUUCUUUGCAACUGACAAAUGCUUUUGACAAGAAUCUGAAUGACGAUUGAUUUGAUUAUUUACUCAAAAGCUAUUUUAAAAUUAAUUUUACAAAAUUGACUUCACUAUUUAAAUCGGUACGCUUAAACAAAAUAGUACAUCAAAUGCUUGUUAUUUGCUAUGUACUUUUAAAAUUGAAAUUCUUUGCUGCCAAUAUUAUUUAAUUUAAAAAAAAAUCAUCAUGAAAUAGGUAUUUACAUUUUUUUUUUGAAGAAACGACAUUUCAAUUUUGCUUUUAUCAAUGUUUUCUUUUUAAAAUUUUCAACAGAAGACAGAACCAGAACAAGUGGCACUGGCAAUAAAGAGUCAGAUAAAAAACCCAAAGGUGGGAAAUACAAUUUUUUUAUUCAAUGUUAUUUCAAGUUAAAAAGGGAUCUUCUUCAUCCCAGCACAAAUUAUUUAUAUAUUAACUUCAGCAUAGCCGUUAACUAGUUGUACAAUUCUAACUGAUGUUUAAUUUUGUAUUUUUGUAAAACCACGAUCAUUCUGGCUCUGGGUUUGUAUUAGAAUUUACCUGCUUUUAGAUGAGUUGCUGCCCAAGACUAACAAGUCCCCAUCCAUCCAGGGUGCAAGGGAGGUUUGCUUUGGUGGGGAUUUAACUCCAGACCACCAGCUAUGUUUUAGUCAGUUUAGACCGGCUUGCCACCCAGCACCCAGUUUAUUACUUUGCAAAAUGCAUCAAGAAGAUCUUAGCGUGAUUUUAACGCUUCCAACUGGUUAAUGAAUCAAUCCAACAUAUGAUUGACUAAAAGGAUAAUUUAAAUUAAAUAUUAUGUAAAAAAUUAAUGAUAUGGAAAUUUUCCACAAAAACAUUGGGACAGUGACGUUAUUAAUGUUGGAGUUCCCGUUGCAGUGAAAUCAUAAUGUCAAACCCUUCAUGCUUUCCCGAGUUCCCCUUCUCUCAUGGCCUUUAUUGUGGAGCAGCCACGUUCUUUUUUAUGAUCAAUGACGAUUUGUUAUGAAACCUGUCUCAAGUGAACAAUGUUAGAUAUGUUGAUGCCAAUUUAGGAGUUACUAAAUAAGAUGGUUCUACUCGGUGUAGUCAGAAAAUAUCGCACAACCCUUGCCAUGAUAUCUUAAUACGCUACCAUUGUUUAUGUUUAUCAUUAUUAUAAAGACAUAAAAUCAUGUCCCGCCCCAGGCGUCACGCAUUGUUUAAAUCCUUGGUGCUCUAUUAUAUUUUAAACUGCUAAAAAUGGAUUGGCGGUGGCUAUUUCUAAUUUUAAAUGGUUAUUUUGUCUAAACCUCACCCCCAAGGUUGUUUGUGUACGUGUUUAACUGAUGGUAUUUUCGCACGUAUGUUCUCAAUAAUAACACUUUGUAUUUCGGGUUUCCUUCUAAACUAACUUUCCAACAGUAUGAUAACAUUAUUUUAAAAAUCGUUCAAAAAUUUUUAAGGCUAUAAUUUUAAACAAGUAUAUUGUAACAAAUUGAAUACUAAAUAGUUACCAUAAUAUAAACAUCUAGCAUAUUGUAGAAGUAGAGUUAUACAAAUUAGUAGAUACAUAUAACAAUAAAUUAUAAAAUAUCGUAACAUGUCAUAUAUACCCUAUAUAUUAUAGAACUUGGUCCAUUAGCUUCGAUUGUAUUCUUUAUACCAAAACUUUACGAAGCACCUGUGAACCUUGCCUUUUUAAUAUGCUAGUAACAAAUCUAAUAUUUUAAAGCUGCUAUUAAUGAGCAUUAAAUCGCUGACAUCAUGAUGAAGUUAAAAUAAUCAGUAUAUAUUUUUCUUUUUGGUGCACAAAUGGCAUUGAUAUUCAAACUAUUUUAACUGACAAUUUGAUCGAUAAAUCUCUAAUGACCUAUAAGGCAUUGAAGCGUUUAGUCUUUUUAUAAUGUUGCAACUGACAAAUGCUUUUGACAAGAAUAUGACUGACUAUUGAUAUUAUUAUUUACUCAAAAACUAUUUUAAAUUAAUUUUAAAAAAUUGACGUUACUAUUUAAAUCGGUACGCUUAAACAAAAUAGUACAUCAAAUGCUUCUUAUUUUGGUAUGUACUUUUCAAAUUGAAAUUCUUUGCUUCCAAUAUUAUUUAAUUUAAAAAGAAAAUCAUCAUGAAAUAGGUAUUUAAUUUUUUUUUUGAAGAUACCACAUUUCAAUUUCGCUUUUAUCAAUUUUUUCUUUUUAAAAUUUUCAACAGAAGACAGAACCGGAUCAAGUGGAACUGGCAAUAAAGAGUCAGAUAAAAAACCCAAAGGUGGGACAUACAUUAUAUUAUUCAAUAUUAUUUCACGUUAAAAUGUGAUCUUCUUCAACCCCGCACAAAUUAUUUAUAUAUUAAUUUCAGCAUAGCCGUUAACUAGUUGUGGAAUUCUAACUGAUGUUUUAUUUUUUAUUUUUGUGAGACCACGAUCAUUCUGGCUCUGGGUUUGAAUUAGAGUUUUUAGAUGAGUUGCUGCCCAAGACUAACAAGUCCCAUCCAUCCAGGGUACAAUGGAGGUUGGCUUUGGUGGGGAUUUAACUCCAGACCACCAGCUAUGUUUUAGUCAGUUUAGACCGGCUUGCCACCCAGCACCCAGUUUAUUACUUUGCAUAAUGCAUCAAGAAGAUCUUAGCUUGAUUUUAACGCUUCCAACUGGUUAAUGAAUCAAUACAACAUAUGAUUGACUAAAAGGAUAAUUUACAUUAAAUAGUAUGUAAAAAAUUAAUGAUAUGGAAAUUUUCAACAAUUACAGUUUGACAGUGACGUCAUUAAUGUUGGUGUCACCAUUGCAGUGAACUCAUAAUGUCAAACCCUCCAGGCUUUCCUGAGUUCCCCUUCUCUCAUGGCCUUUAUUGUGAGGCAGCCACGUUCUUUUUUAUGAUCAAUGACGAUUUGUUAUGAAACCUGUCUAAAGUGAACAAUGUUAGAUAUGUUGAUGCCAAUUUUGGAGUUACUAAAUAAGAUGAUUCUACUCGGUGUAUUCAGAAAAUACCACACAACCCUUGCCAUGAUAUCUUAAUACGCUUCCAAUGUUUAUGUUUAUCAUUAUUAUUAAGACAUAAAAUCAUGUCCCACCCCAGGCGUCACGCAUUGUUUAAAUCCUUGGUGCUCUAUUAUAUUUUAAACUGCUAAAAAUGGAUUGGCGGGGGCUAUUUCUAAUUUACAAUGGUUAUUUUGUCUAAACUUCACCCCCAAAUGUGUUAGUGUACGUGUUUAACUGAUGGUAUUUUCGUACAUAUGUUCUCAAUAAUAACACCUUGCAUUUCGGGUUUCCUUCUAAACUAACUUUCCAACAGUAUUAUAAAAUGAUUUUAGAAAAGUCGUUCAAAAAUUUUUAAGGCUAUAAUUUUAAACAAGUAUAUUGUAACAAAUUGAAUACUAAAUAGUUACAAUAAUAUAAACAUCUAACAUAAUGUAGAAGUAGAGUUCUACAAAUUAGUAGAUACAUAUAACAAUAAAUUAUAAAAUAUCGUAACAUAUCAUGAAUACUCUAUAUAUUAUACAUCUUGGUCCAUUAGCUUCGAUUGUAUUCUUUAUACCAAAACUUAAUGAAGCACCUGCGAACCUUGCCUUUUUAAAAAGCUAGUAACAAAUCUAAUAUUUUAAAGCUGCUAUUAAUGAGCAUUAAAUCGCUGACAUCAUGAUGAAGUUAAAAUAAUCAGUAUAUAUUAAUUUUCUUUUUGGUGCACAAUAUGGCAUUGAUAUUCAAACCCUUUUAUCUGACAAUUUGAUCGAUAAAUCUCUAAUGACAUAUAAGGAAUUGAAGCUUUUUAUAGUUUUGCAACUGAAAAAUGCUUUUGACAAGAAUCUGAAUGACGAUUGAUUUGAUUAUUUACUCAAAAGCUCUUUUUAAAAUUAAUUUUACAAAAUUGACGUUACUAUUUUAAUCGGUACGCUUGAACAAAAUAGUACAUUAAAUGCUUGUUAUUUGGUAUGUACUUUUAAAUCGAAAUUCUUUGCUUCCAAUAUUAUUUAAUUUUUAAAAAAUCAUCAUGUAAUAGGUAUUUACAUUUUUUUGAAGAAUUGACUUUUCAAUUUUGCUUUUAUCAAUUUUUUUUCUUUUUAAAAUUUUCAACAGAAGACAGAACCAGAUCAGGUAGAACUGGCAAUAAAGAGUCAGAUAAAAAACCCAAAGGUGGGACAUACAUUUUAAUUAUUCAAUAUUAUUUCACGUUAAAAUGUGAUCUUCUUCAACCCCGCACAAAUUAUUUAUAUAUUAACUUCAGCAUAACCGUUAACUAGUUGUACAAUUCUAACUGAUGUUUUAUUUUUUAUUUUUGUGAGACCACGAUCUUUCUGGCUCUGGGUUUGAAUUAGAGUUUGUCUGCUCUCAGAUGAGUUACUGCCCACGACUAUCAAGUUCCAUCCAUCCAGGGUGCAAGGGAGGUUGGCUUUGGUGGGGAUUUAACUAAAGACCACCAUCUCUGUUUGAGUCAGUUUAGACCGGCUUACCACCCAGCACCCAGUUUAUUACUUUGCAUAAUGCAUCAAGAAUCUUAGCUUGAUUUUAACACUUCUAACUGGUUAAUGAAUCAAUACAACAUAUGAUUGACUAAAAGGAUAAUUUACAUGAAAUAUUAUGUAAAAAAUUAAUGAUAUGGAAAGUUUCCACAAGAACAUUUGGACAGUGACGUCAUUAAUAUUGGUGUCACCUUUGCAGUUAACUCAAAAUGUCAAUCCUCCAGGCUUUCCCGAGUUCCAUUUCUCUCGUGGCUUUUAUUGUGGAGCAGCCACGUUAUUUUUUAUGAUCAAUGACGAUUUGUAAUGAAACCUGUCUAAAGUGAACAAUGUUAGAUAUGUUGAUGCCAAUUUUGGAGUUACUAAAUAAGAUGGUUCUACUAAGUGUAGUCAGAAAAUACCACACAACCCUUGCCAUGAUAUCUUAAUACGCGUCCAUUGUUUAUGUUUAUCAUUAUUAUAAAGACAUAAAAUCAUGUCCCGCCACAGGCGUCACGCAUUGUUUAAAUCCUUGGUGCUCUAUUAAACUGCUAAAAAUGGAUUGGCGGGGGCUAUUUCUAAUUUACAAUGGUUAUUUUGUCUAAACCUCACCCCCAAGGGUGUUAGUGUACGUGUUUAACUGAUGGUAUUUUCGUACGUAUGUUCUCAAUAAUAAGACCUUGCAUUUCGUGUUUCCUUCUAAACUAACUUUCCAACAGUAUGAUAAAAUGAUUUUAGAAAAAUCGUUCAAAAAAUUUUAAGGCUAUAAUUUUAAACAAGUAUAUUGUAACAAAUUGAAUACUAAAUAGUUACAAUAAUAUAAACAUGUAGCAUAAUGUAGAAGUAGAAUUAUACAAAUUAGUAGAUACAUAUAACAAGAAAUUAUAAAAGAUCGUAACAUAUCAUAAAUACUCUGUAUAGUAUACAUCUUGGUCCAUUGGCUUCGAUUAUAUUCUUUAUACCAAAACUUAAAGAAGCACCUGUGAACAUUGCCUUUUUAAUAUGCUAGUAACAAAUCUAAUAUUUGAAAGCUGCUAUUAAUGAGCAUUAAAUCGCUGACAUCAUGAUGAAGUUAAAAUAAUCAGUAUAUAUUAUUUUUGAUUGUUUUAAAAGACAAAAACAAACUUGAAAGCAUUAUUUAACUUUUUUUUUAAAUAGAAAAUUUUGAUUACCGUCAUUUGAUGUUGUUAAUAGAUUAUACAAUCCUGAUUUCCUUAAUGAUUAUAUUAAAUAUCUGCCAUUCAGAACCCAAGUGUAAAGAAGUGACCAUUGAAAGCAUUAACCUUCAGCCCAAAGAAAUUCAGUUGGACGGUAAAGUGGUCUCAAUCAAGGUCUCUAAACAAAUAUCAAUAAUUCCCUGCACAUCUGGAUUGACUUUUGGCUCCAAUGACAACAAAGUUUUUGCUCUCCUUGGAUGCCGUGGCGUGUUCAGUGUGUGCAUUCAGGAGAAAGAAGGUGAGUGUGCAUUUAGGGGCAAGAAGGAGGGUGUGCAUUCAGGGGCAAGAAGGAGGGUGUGCAUUCUAGGCAAGAAGGUGGGUGUGCAUUCAGGGGCAAGAUUGAGAGUGUGCAUUCAGGGGCAAGAAGGUGGGUGUGCAUUCAGGAGCAAGAAGAUGAGUGUGGAUUCAGGAGAAAGGUGGUCGUGCAUUCAGGGGCAAGAAGAUGGGUGUGUAUUCAGGAGCAAGGAGGUGAGAGAUACUUUCAAAAGACCUUGCCUUGUUAAAUUAGACUUAGCUAGCUUAAUAAUAUAAGACAUAUUUCAAAAUCAGGAGCAGACAAACUCAAACCAUAAGCAAACAAAUAUACGAAAGUAAAUAUAGAAAAAUAAUAUACUGAACAAAAACUAAAUAAAUCGGUUUGGUUUGUUUGUGCUUUACAAUGCAACUAUAUAUGGACAAAUGUACCAAAUAAACAUAUAGGUUAUACGACAUUUUAAUUUACUUUUAUUAAGUUGGAAUGACCACAUUAUAUUUGUUCUUUAUUUUUUCAUUAUCAAAUAUAUUGAGCAAGCAAAUUAACUGUCAUUAAACAGACUAUUAAUUUUUAAUACCGGGUGUUAAGAGACCUGAGCAAGAGAAUAUAACAAAUAAAUUUUUUUUUAAAAUUAAAAAUUCUUUUUGUUUUAGCCCCAGAGCCAAGCAGCAACGCUAAAUGUAAUCCACCCUUUUCUAAUGUGUAUGGCUACUGUGUCAUUGUAGAGAGGGAUGCCGAGAGGUAAGUUGAAACCUAAAGACAUUCACUAUCAUCUGGUACCUGUCCACUCUUUCAUAUUGGAGUAUUUAUAGAAAAAAAGAUGUAGAAGUAUCUUGCAUGCUUUAAAUAAACUCCUGAUUUAAUAUCGAUAUUAAAACAUAUGAAUUCAAUUUAAAAUAUUGCAAUGUAGAGAAACAAACUUUAAAAAAAAAUGUUUUUUUAACCCUCUAUUACGCAAUUUUAGUUUUUUAUGGAAAAAAAUUUUUUGAUGGCAUACUUCAUAGUUAUUGGACUUAAAUAAACAUAAUAUGCAAGAAAAAUAAUUUUUUAAAAUGAAAUAAUGAUUUUAUUGGUAUGUUGCCAUAUGGCAACAGUGCGUCUUAAAGGUCAGAAAAGUAAAACUGAACAAGAAAAGGAAACGAUAACAAUAAUAUUUGUAAAAGGUGAAUAUUUAAUCGUUUACACAAACAAUGGUUCUCAGUACUUAGUUUACAAGCAUAUCUUCAUAUUAUGCUUUUAUAUCAUGAAAAAGAUCAUUAUAAAAAUCAUAUUUUAUAAGCAUUUUUUACACAAAAAUAUAGAAAAUCAUGUAAUCAAUAUAUAGAGCAUAUAGAGGGACAGUAAAUAUUUAUAUACAUAUGUGAAAUGCAGGUUUAAUGCUGGUGGAACUGUUUGAAGCAAUGUCAACUUUACAUUAUGCACAUUUUAUUCUUGAAAAUUCUUUUCAACCUGGUCUCUUGCAUCUUCCUUUGUUUUCAAGUGGCUCAGGAAAGUGCCAAAUAUAAUCAGCUCUUACUGGUAAGGGUGGAAAAGCUGCAAUAGGACCACUCAAAUUUUUAGCUGUAAGUUGAGGCUCUAUAUCCAAUAAAGGACUGCCAAGUUUCCUAAACCCUGCUUUACCUUCUUUCAUUAGGCAUAUGGCCAUCUUGGUGUUGAAAUCAAGUACACCGAGGAUAUUUUUUGUCGCGAUUCGCAUUAGUACAAUCAGCCUAUAGAUCAGCCAUGCCAGCACAACUGCCAUACUGGUAUCCAGAAAGUGGAAUAUUAUACAGUGAUACUAUUUUUUGGACCUUACUGGUAUCCUGUAUACGGCCAACAGUGAAGCGAGAAGAUCCACACCACCCAUGAAUUUAUUGUAAACCAUGAUUACCGAUGGACAAGUUACCUAGAUUUCCCUUUUAGCCUUUUGUCCCAUCUUUUGACCCGUUUCAUGGGCUCAAUAGCAGCAAAUGUACUGAGUGUGGUUACCGCUCUAUUGUCAACCCAUUUGACUGGAAACAGAUCAACACCGUCAUGGUGGCAGGUUUUCAGAAUUGCGGAGCCCCUUCCAUUUCUUGCCAAGUCCUUAUCUGAAGGCAUUAUGCAAUUUUUAAGCCUAUUAGACCUUACAGUGCCAAUAGCUGCAUGUCAGCUUCAUCUCUGUGGUGUCAAAGCAAAUUUCUUGCAAAUAGUUUUGCCCGUGGUUGGAUUGCAGUGUCUAAAGAAUUACCAGGUGUGUCGUUAGUUUCACAGUCUGAGUCUGAUAUGGUUGAAGCUGAAAAGGGAAAUUUUAAAUAUUAUUUUUCAGUGUUUACUUUAACUUUUGGCUUGAAUGUUAUAUAAUUGUUUUUUUUUUAAAUAUUAGAGAUUAAAUGCAAUUUAAAAAAGUAUAUGAAAACAUACUUGUUGUGUUCUUGAGUCAAAGUUUCAUCUAUGUCAUCAUCGCGUGAAGAUAGCUCGGAGUCCUCAGGAAUAGAAGGAAUAUCCACAUUUUUAUUUUUUCCAUAAAAGCAUGAUGGUUCCAUGACUGCUUUGAUGUUUGGAUAUUUGAAUUCUAGAAGAAAAAAACAUUAUAGGAAACUAAUAAUUCCACACAAAAAAUAACUUACAAUAUAGACUUAUAUCUUGUAUAGUAUCUAUUCAUUUUUUUUUUAUAAAAAGAAUUGUAACAUUAAUUUAAAACCUGUUAAUUUGAUCAAAAUAUAAAAGGAUAACAUUAAUAUUAGAUAUGUAUAGAUAUUUCAUAAAAAAAAUAUUAUUCAGAUAGCUUAUAAUAAAUAAACUGAUUAUAUAUUGUAUGUUGCCAUUUGGCAACAAAAAAAUAAACACAAAAAAUUAACCACAUCGACGCACUGUUGCCAAUUGGCAACAUACCAUUUUUUUCGUAUGUCAUCCACCUAUGAUGACAAAUAUCAAACAUAAGCUCAUUUAAUAUCAGUUCAAACAUUAAAUUUAACAUUCUUUAUUUUUUAUAACAGGAAUUAUCAUUAUGUGAUAUAAAAAAACAGCUUGUACUUACUGGAUUCGGCGGAAAAAAUUGUAGUCAACUGUGACCGUCUAAAAUGUGUUCUUACAUAAAAACUGCAAAGCGAAAGUGAAGAGUUCUUCAGGAUAAAAGUUUGAAACCUCAUAAUUGAAAAGGGGAACCACUCCAACAAAUUAAAAAUUGGGCUUGCAGUACUAGCAGUAGUGUAAUUUCGCUUUGUUGCCAAAUGGCAACAUUGCGUAAUAGAGGGUUAACCCUUUAUCAUUAUUUCAUAUAUCAAAUUUAGUUUUGAGAUUGAUUAUAUGUAAUUGUUUAGAAUAUGUAUAAAUGUGAGAACACUUAACUAUUUUAAAUUAUUGUAUUCAUAUUAUUACGAAAUAUUAGUUCCUUGUUAUCAAACUUAUAUCUGUAUUCCUAUUGAACUCAGAACAUAUAGUGAUUCUGAAGCUAGAUGCUCUGAAUAUGGAGGCCAGCUUCUUGAUUUGGAGAAUGUAGUUUUCUCUGCUGCAGGAAUAAAGGAUUUUGAAAAACUGAAAGGUAAGCAAAAUCUAAUACAUUUUUUCUGUGGAAUAUAUCAAAAUAGUUAAGUGCCACAUGGCCUAAACCAGUGGUCGGCAAAUCGUGGCUCAAGAGCCAUAUGAGGCUCUUUAGUGACCUGAAAGCAGCUCGGCCAGAAAUCGGGUUUGACUCCGAAAAACAUGGUUCUUGACAGGUUCUUGAAAAGAAAUGUUGCGCUCAAUUUUUUUUUAAUCGCCCUGCGGCUGAUUUUAGGCUCUUUUGACUAAUGCGUUUACCGACCACUGCCCACUACGACAAUGCCGAACUUUUGUCAUCUGGUAUUGUAAUAUAACAAAAGGUCUUCACAUCUAACAGUUUAUUUCCACUAGGAGAAUCUGAUGGCACAAUGGUGCUACAAAUCAGUUUUAAUAACAACAAAAACUCCACAAAAAAAAACUAUUGAAUUGUUGUUGGAUGAGGCAAUAGAAAAACUCCAAGGCUGCUUAGAAAGUACUGAUCGGGAUAACUUUAUAAACAUUUACCCAGAUGUUGAUGAACUAACAAAAUUCUUAAAUUCAUAUAUUAUGCUCUAUGUAGAUGAAAGAGCUAUAUCACUUGUACAAAGACCCACCCGAAGUCGAAACAAUAAAAAAAAAGGCAUAAUGCGCUGGAAGGGCAUAUUGAAAUGAUGCCAGAUUGUAGAGCAGCUAUAGUGAUAUACAGACAGAAACCAAGGGGCAGACGACACACCAGUCGCCCAAGGCUGAGAUGGAUCGACAAUGUAGAGAAAGGCCUACACCAUUUGAGGUUCGCGCAUGGAGGCGGAAAGCCAUGGAUCGGCCCGAAUGGAGUGAUUUGGUGGAGCAGGCUAGGGCCCUACAUGGGCUGUAGCAGGGCCGGCACUAGGAGGGUGCGGAGCCUUGGGCUAAUUGAAUUUUGCGGCGCCGUUGAUGUUAUAUAUUCCGCCGAUAGGAUAUAAAGACACGUUAUAGUCGUAAUGGCGCCUUGCUGGUCAUAAUGGGACACGUCAUAACGGAUAUUUGUUCACUCGCUUAGUUUCCGAAAAUUUCUAUUUUUUCCUAUAACAGUUAAUUGCCCUGGCCCAAAUAACUCAUCGCGGCUCCAUUGUUACCAAUAUCAAAGUUGUCAAAACCAAGUAACGACGGCGACGCGCGAGUCUAAAAAAUUUUUUUUUUUUUUAAAUCACAUUAAUUAAGAUUUAAAAAAAAACGUUUUGAAUGAGUUUAUUUUCAGGAAGAUUUAGACUAUGAUUAGGAACGAAACAUGGUUAAAGUGAUUUAUUACGGCUCUUGUAAUUUUUUUUUAAUUUUUUUUUUUACAAGAAAGCCUCUUAACCCAUUAAUUAAAUAUCUGGAAAAAGCAGACAGUUCGCGCCUUGACGUCAUUUAUUUAAUCUCAAUAGGUUUAGGGUUCAGGAUAGGUUUAGGGAUAGGUUUAGGGUCCAGGUUAAGUUUCGGGAUAAGUUUAGACAGGGUAACCGUACUGUAAGGCUUGCAUGGGUCGUGGAAACUAAGAUGGCGGCCGUGGCGCGGACUGUCUGAAUUUACCACAUAUAUAAUAUAUAUAUAGGCCUAUAUUAUUUAUUAACAUCUUACUUACAGGCCGCAAGUACUUCAUUAAGGGUGGAAGCUUUGACAACAGCUUUGUGAGCGAGAUUGCAGAGAGAUUCAAAAUUCCAGUUGCUGAUUGCCAUUCUGCUUUAAAGUUAGUAAAAAAUCUAUGGUUAUAGGCCUUAUUGUUUUUUUUUUUUAAAUAUAUAAAAUUUCAUUUUCGUGGACAAGCUAAUGUAAUAUGAAUUCAGUCCUGCUGGUUCAAUGCUUCAAACCUUAACUUGGUUAUAAAAUAAAAACCUUCCACUGAUUUAAGAUUUUUUUUUUUUUUUUAAAUUUGAGUUGUUAAUAUAAAAUAAAUAUUUUUACCAUCGUGUAUGUUACAAUUCACAAUUGUCAUUAAUUAUACACUUUCUUCCAGACGUUUCUCUAACAAGGCUACUGUCAGUGAUCUGAACCGCCCUUCUGCCCUAGCUUCACUGUGCCCUAUUUUGGAUUUCAAAGAAACUAAUUCAGUACAGCUUGUAAAUUGUCAAGAAAAAUAUGGAGCCAUUUGUGUAGAAAGUAUGAAUUUAUUUAAUUGUUUAAAACUAUGUAGGCUAUUUAAUAACAACAUUCUCGAUCAAGGAGUGUUCAUUUAAAAUUUAGUUUUACACUGAAGUGGCGGGUUGGGGGGGGGGGGGGGGAAAAUUUUUUCAAAAAAAAUAAAUAGUUAUUCUAAGUAUUUUUGUUUGGAGGUGGAGAAUGGAACAAGAUAUGUAUUGACCGAACAGCUAUCCAGCCACCUGAUCACAUAACGAGUUAUAAAAAACAUCAAUCUAAAAUAAAAUUACGGGCCUAUUAUUAUCCACUUUUUGAACAAUGACUGGAUUUGAUAAUAAGAUUUCCUAAAAAUGUGAAGAUUUAUUAUUGAGUUAUUUGCCAAAUUGUAAUAGUUUAUUAUCAAAAUUAUUAUUGAAUAUUCAGCAAUGUUCUACAAAAUUUUAAACUAUAAUAUGUUUGUAUUGCUAAGAUUCAUAGUAAAUUCUUGAAUGUAUCACCACGUGACUGGAAUGACACACACACACAGAGUUAACUAGUCGAAUGUCUGGGUGGAAGGAGUAAGAGGAGUUGACUUCCACCGAGCAAAUCUCUAAAAAAAAUCUAAUUAAAUGAAAUAGAAAUAUUAUUUUCUUUUGCGUCUUAGCAAACUUUAAAUAACUUUAGUUGAAGUAGAAAUUUAGUUAACGUUCAUAAGAAUCCCCAACCCCACUUACCAACUAAGGCUGUAAUCAAACCCGUCUCACUAGAGUUUAUGUCUCAUGCCCUCAAGCGCAGGAUUAAUGCUGAUAUCCCUUAUUGUAAUAACAUGAGUAGCCUACUGACUAAACCUGGUGUUUUAGUUCAAAAUAGCAAUUUAAAUAUAAAAAAAAAAAUACAAAUCCUGUUUGCUGAUGGCAUGUGUACUAUUAGAACUUUAUUGAAAAAAAAAUAUCUGACAUAAUAAUUAAUUAGCAUCUGUGAAAGAAAAAAAAAACUUUAAAGACAAAGGAUUUUUUUUAAAAAGAUAAAAUGUUUGCUUACAGGUCCCAAAGAAGAUGGUGAUUGGACUCCAUUUAUCAACUCCAAUAAAGCAGAUAAGGAUGGGGAUGAUGAAAAUCUAUCCAACAUAGCUAAAUCUGUAGCUAAAGGCAUUUUGGUGAGUUAAUAUGUGAAACAAGAUAUUUUCAGAUUUUUUUUAAACAAGUAAUUAAAUAAAUUUGCUGAGCUUAUUGUAGGCCCUAAAUAUAAAUCCUUAAAAUUCAAGGAGCUUUAAGUUUAAGUCUCAUUUAUUUAUAUAUUUUUUGCAUAGGUUAAAUAAAAUGUCUUAAUAAGAAUCAGACCAUUAUAAACAUUAUCAUUUAUUAUAUUAUAUUUCUAAUUUUAUGAUAUUCAAGUUAUAAAAUUGAUGAAAAAAAAUAAUUAUUUAAUGACGUACUUUGACCUUGACAUUACUUGUUGCAUUUUAAGAGAAUUCAAUAAAUCAGUAUAAAACUUCUCUACAAUCUUCUUCAAGACUGGCAUUAAGCUGUGCAAGAACCCACUUGCUGUAAAGUGCAGAGCAGUCGGUACACAGACCUACUAUGACAAAUCAAAUACUAAUGGCUUGAAACUGGACAGAGCUUGUGACAAGAAUGGCAUUAAAUGUAGCAAUAAAAAACAGGACAAAGGAGUCACUUGUCCAGAUUUUGAAAUUCAGUUUCUAUGUCCAAAGCAAAGUAUGUAGUCCAUGUUUAUUAUUAUUAAUUUUUUUUAAACUUCGAUUUUCAACUUUUUUUUUUACUUUGAUUUUUAAUUUUUUUUUUUUUAAGACAAGAAACUAAAUAGAGUAAUAUCUGGUUACAAAUAAUGUUUUGCUAAUCAUAUUAAAUUUUGAGAUUUAAAAAAACACAGGGUUUUGGUAGACAUUUUCAUGAGUGUUUCUCAUCCAGCAACUGCUGAAUCUCAUUCACAGUUUUCAAACAAAACACCCUUUCCGCUGACUGUUAUUCAGUUGCAUAAAUCCAAUCAUUGUGUUUUGGGUAUCCCCUGAUCUACUUUUAUGUUUCCUUUCCUAAAGUAACUUUCCCUUAUAUUAUUUUGCACUUAUGGCAGGCAUAAGACUGCACAGUUAAUGAUAUGAAAAAGUGCUUUUAUUGUAUAAUGCAUUUAUUAUCUCCUUUCCAACUAAAUUCAUUUACCAAUCACUAACUUUCCAAAUAUCAAAAGGUUUCACAAAGAAUAAUCUGGCUUUAAAAAAAACACUGAGUCAUUGAAUGGACAGGGUUUCUUACAUUUGCAUUGUUUAAUUAAUAAUUAUAAUUAAAUAAUAUAUAUUUGUGAAUAUAUUUUUAAAAAAUGUUUCAGACAUCUAUGUUGUAAAUAUAUUCACUGAAAUAUAACUCUUAUAUAUACUUUUUUUUUAAAAACCCAAUGACAUUCGGUUUUUCAGCUCUGAAGGACUGUGCUGUUGAUAGUGUGAGGAGAGAGUGUGAACAGCAAAGAAAAGAAUGUGUCAUGUCCCCUCUAGGGGCAGUUUGUGUCAAGAAACAAAAAGAGAGGACAGGAAAGGAAGUUAUUGGAACUGAUGAGUGUACUAUCAACUCACAAACCUAUCGUAAGUGUGUGACCCUAAACCCAUCCCCCCCCCCCCGGCCACCAUAACCCACCCCCCCUCACUAUAUUUUCUCAUAGGGCCAUAUAGUUAAAAUAGAAAGAUGUAGAUAUGGUGGUCUUUUAAGUAAAAAAUAAAAGGCCAAACUUAUUAGCAUUAGUCUCUGUUAUUAAUUCUUUAAAAAGGUUGAUCAUAAGUAGCUUCACAUAAUUUAUGAUGUAGAUCAACAGCGUUGGCGGUAGCUUUGGAUAAAAGAAGAGAUCCCCAACUUCGAGUCUUUAAUGUAAAUUAUCUCAUAUGAAAUUUUAAAAUGUUUUAGGAAGAACACUCAAUACUUUUCCCCCCUACUUCCUAUUGCUGCGGUUACACAUUUCUUGCUGACCACAUAGAUAGGAAUGGGACACACUAGCUACGAAGCACUCCCCACCCCCUACUCAUCUUCCUGACUGCAACAACUUAUUUUUAUUUCAUUAAGCUGAAAAUGGUAUCUCCCUAAUCAUAAUACUUGUAUCAUUAUUGUUUAAUAUUUCAUGUUACGCCAAACUACCCAAACAAGAAAAUACAAAAACAAUAUUUUUUUUAAAAACAACAAUAAAAAAAAACAAACAACAAAAACACAACUUUAAUUAUUUUUUUUAAUUUUAAACCUUUGUGUUGUUUUUUUUGUCACACAGAGGUGUUUGAGUGUGAAUCAAAGGGCGAUCCGCAUUACACCACUCCAGAUGGUAGCAGAAUUGAUUUCCAAGGAACAUGUACAUACAAUCUGAUCUCAACAUGUAAUGGUUAUGAAGGUACUGCAGACUUUCCUGAAUUUAGGUAAGAGGAUGAGGAGACAUCUCCUAUUAGCUUAUUACUUAAGUAAAAACAUAAACAUUUCAAAGUACAGACAAUUAAAAAAGCAAAGCAAAAUUUAGGAAAAAGUGUAGUUUAAAAAAAAGUAUUGCUGUUAAAGACCUAUUGUACUUCCUUUUUUUAAAUUUAAGCAGUUAAUUGUGAUCUUAUAUUUAGACAAAAUCCCACUUAAGAACUUUAUUUUCAACUUAAGUUCCAAAUUGCAAUAAUGUUUAAUUUGAUUCUGAGUCGAAGAAAUGGUAAAUAAAAAAGAAAAUUGAAAUAAUCCUUUAAAAAUUUAAAGUUUAAGUUGUAUCCCCCGCUAAAAAAUUUAAAAGAAAAAUUAUUUUUAUUUUUACAAAAAAACAUAAUUGUAAGGAAUUCAAUUCAAAUCCUAAUAUGAGUAGGAAAUCAUAAUAUGAGUAGGAAAUCAUAAGAUGAGUAGGAAAUCAUAAUAUGAGCAGGAAAUCAUAAUGUGAGUAGGAAAUCAUAAUAUGAGUAUGAAAUCAUAAUAAGAGUAGGCAAUCCUAAUAAGAGUAGGCAAUCAUAAUAUGAGUAGGAAAUCAUAAUAUGAGUAGGAAAUCAUAAUAUGAGUAGGAAAUCCUGAUAUCAUUUUUUUCUAUUGUAGCUUAUCAUCUUGAAACUUAAAGCUUCACCUUUGCGCAAAAAAUGGCAGCAUAAUCACACAAAACAUUAAACCUAGUUGAUGACAUUUCAGUAGGAACUCAUUUAAGCUUUAUUAAAUAAAUAGUAAAUAGAUUUAUUCAUGGCAAUAAUGUUGCACUCCUGAACCCUCAUGGUAGUCCAAGGCCAUCAACAAAUUUAAACAUUAUAUCUCCCUAAAUUUAAGAGAGAAAAAAAUUAGUGCUGUCAUUUAGAUUUCACCACGACCUUGUUCCUGUUCUUAUUUAAAGUCCUAGUGUAGAUAUUCUCAAAGUGGUUAAAGUAACAUGACUCUUGCAUGCUUCCGCAGUGUCUGGUCUUCCAACCAGAAGAAUGAUCCUUCAGACAAAGUGUCUAUAACUAAAGCUUUCUUCUUCAUACUGGCUGGCUUUAAAUAUUUCUUCGGGGAAAAUGGAAAUUUCUCUAUUGAUGGGGUAAGGAAAAAAAAAAGUAUCAUUCAUCAUUAAAACACUGAUAAAUUGAAUAGUUGUUUUUUUUUGUGCAAUAAAAUUCAUUUAAAGAAAAAUUAAUUUUGGAAUCAGAUCACUUAAUUAAUCUGAUUAAAACUAAUUUUAUGCUAUUGAAAAGGGAAAGCCUAUAUGAUUUAUAGAAACUAAACAGUAAAUAUAUCUUUGAAGACAUUUCUGUUCUCUGAUGCAUAUUCAAAAUGAUGACCCGUCUGCUGUUGUUGUUUUUUUUUUGGUACACAGCUAGGGCGCAACCCAAUAGAGUUCGCAGAUGAUCAGAUUGAAAUUGAUGCUCAACCCAAGGGUAACACAUUUCUCUUCACCAUUCGCACAAAACACUGCAUUACAAUCAGAUGGGAUAACAGACAAGGAUUAUCCGUAAGUAAUUUUAAUCUAAUAAGAGGUCUGUGGAUUGAAUGCCAGUCCACAAGCUUGGGAUUAACUCAGUUUAGACCAGCUUGAUAAAUACUCUGACACACUGUCCAGUUACAUGCACUCUUCUUUAAUAAUUUGAAGGCGGAUAGCAAGAGAUCUCAAUCUAGUCAUAUCAACAAUAACACUAUAUGACUGAAACAGUAUGUGACUGAAAGACUAUGAGACUAAAAAACUAUGUGACUUAAACAGUAUGUGACUGAAACAGUAUGUGACUGAAACACUAUGUGACUGAAACAGUAUGUGACUAAAACAGUAUGUGACUGAAACACUAUAUGACUGACACAGUAUGUGACUGAAACAUUAUAUGACUGAAACAGUAUGUGACUGAAACAGUAUGUGACUGAAACAGUAUGUGACUGAAACACUAUGUGACUGAAACACUAUGUGACUGAAACAGUAUGUGACAGAAACUCUAUGUGACUGCAACACUAUGUGACUACAACACUAUGUGACUGAAACACUAUGUGACUGAAACAGUUUGUGACUGAAACAGUAUGUGACUGAAACACUAUGUGACUGAAACAGUAUGUGACUGAAACACUAUGUGAUUGAAACAGUUUGUGACUGAAACACUAUGUGACUGAAACACUAUGUGACUAUAACACUAUGUGACUAUGAAACUAUGGGAACAUAACUCUAUGUGACUGAAACAUCAUGUGGCUUUAACACUGUGACUAUAACUCUAUGUGACUAUAACACUAUGUGAUUGAAACACUAUUUGACAAUAAUACUAUGUUAUGACCAGCCACAUAACUUGACCUGAGCUGACCAGCCACAUAAUUUGACCUGACCUGACCAGCCACAUAACUUGACCUGCUGACCAGCCACACAACUCGACCUGAGUUAACCAGCCACACAACUUUACCCGAGCUGACCAGCCACAUAACUUGAUCUGAACUGACAAGCCACAUAAUGUGACCUGAACUGAUCAGUCAAAUUAAUUAAAUAAUAAUGAUGUUCAAACAGAUAAUUUAAAAGAAUGUAAAAUAAUAAAAUUUUAAUAUGUUUUUUUUCUUCAAUUUCACACUAAUUUUUGAGUAGGUAUUAAUCCCAGAGUCUUACAAGAACAGUGUUUGUGGAAUCUGUGGCAACUUUGACGGGGACCCAACCAACGAUUUGACUAUUCCAGGUUCCAAUAAAAUCGUCACUGAGGAUGUUCUUGGCAGAUAUCAUAUGGUGGCUGGAGAAAGUGGUAAUGGGUAAGUCUUCUGCAGACUUAAUUGGAUAUGUUAAAUGUGUUUUAUUUUACAGCAUUCAGACUAAAGCACUCAAUAGAGAUUGUAACUUAACACAUAUUUUUUUUUUUUUGUGUUGAAUUUAGAUGUGUAGAUGUUACAAACAUUCCUAAGGCUUGCUCUCCUGAAGAUCAAAAGAAGUUCAGUGCCUUGGAUGCUUGUGGUCACUUGAACCCUGACAUAAAUGAUAAUUUUGCAUCGAAAGUGGUAAUUAUUAUUUUUUACAGUUGAAGAUUUGACUGUUUUUGUAAUGUUUACUUUUUAACGCUCGUAUUGUGUGACAGUAGUAUAUUUAUAAAAAUUAAUACCAAAUCAUUUUCAGUGAAUUUAAGGUAAUGGCUGAAGAAAGUUUGAUAAGUGAAUCAUUUGGAGGAUGACAGGAAUGGCUGUACUUAUUCAAUACUGCAGAGAUUAUGUGUUAAAUAGGAAUCAUAUAAAUCAUUAAUUCACCCUAAAAUUUUCUUAGGCAUAUCAUUCUAUGAUCAUGGAAAAAAAAGUUAUAAGUACUUUGACAUCUGGAAUAGUUCUUCUAAACUAUCCACGUUUAUCAUAUCAUUCUAGAUCAGAAAUGUAAUAAUUAUGGUGCUGUUUUAAAAAAAUAUUUUUUAUGGCCCUUUGGAAUUUAUUUGGCCAUAUACUUUUUUUUUUAGAAAUGUUUUAAAUUUAAAAUGUUUCUGUCCAUUAUUAAAUUUAACUUUCCUCCACUAUGCUUGUGAUUUCCAACCACUUAUAUAUAUAUUUUAAAUUUUACCAACCUUUCAAUAGCUAACUGGGUGUGGUGGUGAGUCUAAAAAAAAAAAUAAAAAUAGAUUGGCCAACAUCUUCAAUAACUGUGUAAGAGAUCAUUGUUGGUUGGCAAACUUCACUGCCAUUGGGCGUUGUCAUGCACUUGAGUCUGCAAUUGAAGAGGUAUCUCGUACCCUGGCCUUAAAUGAUCCAAAACUUGAUGACUUAUGGCGUAAAUCUUCUGGCUGUGGUAAGUAUUGAACCAAAUGAAAUGUUAUUAUGUAUAAGGCUUUUGAAUUUAAAAAUAUUUUUUUUUGUGGACAUCGUAAGGGAUUUAAAAUAAAGAGUAAAAUGCAUUUCAAUGUAAAAAAAAAAAUUCACACCAUUUAAAACAUUUGCUCUCCAGCAUAAUUCUGGGUGGGAUACAUUUUAUUGGGAUUAAUUCAAUGCUUAUUCUUAUAUUACUUGGAGAAUCAAUAUUAUCUUAAGAUACUUUAUAACAAGAUCGACACAUUGUAUUUGUGAUCCAUUAAAAAAAAAAUAUGUUCUGUUGGUAACAAGAAUUUUUUAAUUGAUUACAUUUUUCUGAUGAUCAGUUCUCUUGAUAUUUACUUUUUUAAUUUUAUAGAUAAAGACGCUGAGGUUCUUUGUGGUGGUCGUGAAAAUACUGUCUACUCCAGUAGCUACUUACAGCACUGUCAAGACAGUUGUGCUGAACGCACAAAGUCAGUCACCUGUCGGGAUCUGGAGAGAAGAUCUGGCUGUGUUUGUAAAGAGGGCUACCUCCUGGAUGCCAAAUUGAACUGUGUACCUGAGAUAGAGUGUGAUAAAUCUUGUGUUGCGCUAUCAGAAAAGGGAGAAAGGAUUCAAUUACAGGCAAGUCUAAUCCUUGACAAUGAAGUGGAUUGUCUUUCAUUUUUAAAAAAAAAAUGAUGUCACUUUGCAAAAAAAUUAAUUAUUCAAUCAAAAUUUAUGUAUCCAUGAUAAAACAAAAUACAAAUUAGCUACAGUGUACUUUUUCAUUCAAAGUAAAAUUUGAUUGCAGCUACUUGCCAGUAGUGAGCAUACAUUUUUUUAGUAACAGACUGAUAUUAAAAAUGUUGUUUUUAUGGUUUGUUUUAAACUUUAACAUUCUUAGUUAAAAAAAAAAAAAAGCCAAUAAAUUGUCUUUUAGGAUGGUGAGACUGUAAAAAUGUUGUUUUUAUGGUUUUUUUUAAACUUUAACAUUCUUAGUUAAAAAAAAAAAAAAAAGCCAAUAAAUUGUCUUUUAGGAUGGUGAGACUGUAGUUAAAGAGCCCUGCAGAAAGACUUUGACAUGCAAGAAAGGUGUUCUUGAGGAGACAAAGCUCACUCAAUGCUCUGCCAAUGCUGAGUGUGUCAACAAUGGGAAAACUUGUGCGUGCAAAGCAGGAUUCCAAGGAAAUGGAUAUGAAUGUAAAUGCCUUUAGUUUUAUCUUUUAACUAGAAAUCGUGGUGGUGGUGUGUGUCGUUAGUCAAAUAAUGGUUGUGGUUUGUGAAUUUCCCAUCUACUUAAGUUACCUAACAAAACAUGCAUUCUGGUAAAACACUUUAUAAGAAUACAAGUUAGUGCCGACAUCUGAAAAUUUUAUUAUGCAUGUCUGUUGAACACAGUGAUUUAGCCAUACAAACAUACAUACAUACAUAAAUAAAUACAUACAUACAUGCAUAUCCAGGGAAUUAUAAUUUGUGGUAAGACUCUUUUUAAAAGUAAAAGCAUGUUUGCUUUAACAUGCAAUACGUAUGUACAUUAAAUGAUUUUUUUAAAGCCAUUAACACUAACAGUUAUAUUAUCAUGGCUCCAUAGCUGUAUUCUUAUCUUAAAUGUUGUGAGUUCUUUUGUCAGAUUGUAGGGAUAUGAUGACACACACCCCCCCCUCCCCCCCCCCCCCAAAUUGUCAAUCUGCAAAUGAAAUGUUUACAUUUUUAUUUUCCCCUUUCAAGAAGUCAGUUUUGUGUAUGAAAAAUAAAAUUAAUAAAAGUAAUAGAUGAAUUGAAAAUGCUUUAAAAAAGAAAACUCUUCAAUUAAACAAACUGAAUACCCUCAAACGUCAACAAAAUGUUUUAAUAAGUGUUUUGAUUAUUUAGUAUAAUAGAAAAUUAUACACGUCAACCUUUUUGAGGUACAGCUAUAAUAUUGUUUCAGUCAUGGCUGGGAGUCUUAGUUGGAAAAUAAGUUAUGUCAUAUUAAAAAGCAAGGGAAUGAUAUAACUAAAUUUUAUUUACUCUGAUUUGGUAUUUUUUCUCAAUACUAGUUAGUAGUUUAAAUAUUUCAGGGUGGUUGGGGGGACACCUGACCCCCCCCAUCAUCCUUGACCUGUGCUGUUGGUGUCCAUGUCAUAAUACAUUGCAUCAUAUCUAAUUUCCCUUUCCAUGGUCCAUAUUAAAAUCAAAUUGUUUCAUUAAUACAGGCAACAGUUUAAUUAAUUGUCGGAAGGGUUACAAAGCAAGUGGAACAAAAUGCCUAAAAUUAUCCCUUGAAAAGGCUACAUGGCAAACAGCUGCAGUCUCCUGUGGAGCUGAUGGAGCACAAUUGGCCAGGUGAAACUUUAUAAUAAAUUAAAAAAUGUAAUCAAUAUUUUUAAAAUUCAAGGUUAUAGUGAGUUUUAUAUUGAAAUGAAUAUGUGAAGAAUAAACUUCCUAGAUUUAACAUAUUACUUCAAAGGAAAUAUUUUAAAUGGGAAAUUUGUAAGAAAGGCUUAAUAUGUUAUAAAUCUUUACAAAUUCUUUAAAAUUACUUUGAAGUGUGGUGAAAAAUUUGUUUCUUAGUAGAUCUACUCUAAUAUACAUAAUACAAAGUUUUUCAUCAACUUCAUAUUUAAAUACAUAAAUUAGACGAAUAAACAAGAACUCUGUUCAAACAAAAAGCCAAGAGUCUGUUCAAAAUUACAACUCACACUGAAGAACUCAUCAGUUAUUCAUACCACGCAAUUAUUUAAUCAAAGUUUUGUUACAUUCUAAUUUUAAGAAACAACAAAAAACAAAGAUUUUUCAGGACUGAAAAAAUAUGCACAAUAAAGAAAGAAAAAAAAACUACAUUAAUUUUGAUAAAAAUAAAGUAUCUUAUUUUUCUUAAAUGAUCAUCAUUAGCUCAUAUGUCAGAGCUAUGUUUGCUUAAAUCAUAGAAUGCAUUAUAAAGCAAACAAAAAAAGCUUUUCUUAACCCAAAUCUCAACUAAUUAUGAUUCUGUUUUCAAUUUAAAAAAAAAAAAAAACUGAAUCUAGAUAUGAUUCAGAUUUAGAUUUGCCGAUUGGCGAAUUCUUGGAGAGUGCUGUACAAGAGUAUAUCCAAUCAACUGGUAAAUCAUUUUUCAAAAGUGCAUGUUAAGAUUAUUUAACUGAUUUGUGACAGGUCAAAUACUCACCUGAGACAUUAAUUCACGAGGAGUUCUAAUUUAGAAAUUUCUUAAAUAAGAAUAAAUUUCCUUUUUUUUAUUUAUUGUCUUUAUGUAUGUGUGAGCCCUUGUGUAUAAAACGUCUUCAUAAUAAUAAUUGCUGGAGAUUCAAUCAAGUUUGAUUUCUAAACACAGGUACUUCACGAAGCAUUCCAUGCAGAGAGAAGAGUUCGUGCAAUGCACCCAAGAACCAAAAUAUUGCUUCAAUAAGAUGCAAAGAUACUAAAUUCGUGAAAGAUUGUGAGGGUAAAUUACAAAUCUCAAGUGACAGGACCAAAUUCACUGUAGGAGUAGGCUGCAAGGCAACUGAUUUCAUUGUAGAAACUGUUGAUUGUAAGUAUAUCAGAAAAACAUAAUUUAGGCAUUCUGUGAGGGCAAUAAAAAACUAAACCGGAUUUAUUUGCCAAAAACAAACUUAAUAAUAAAUGCUUUGUAUAAUACAUUUUUCAUUAGUAGUUCUUAUCUUAAAAUGCACUAUAAAUUAAUUUUCCGAUCUACUAUUUUAAUUCGCAGCUAAAAACUUCAUCUCACGUCAAUCAAUUUGUAAGUAUAUAUUGUAUUUUUAAAAAUAUAAUAACUAGAAAUAAACCCAGAAACCAUGGCGGCGGCAAUGCAUGUAAUUCUCAUCUGAUUAAGUUAGUUGAGAAAACAUGUAUUAACACAUUAUAUAUGAAUCCAAAUUAGUGCUAACUUCUCAGAAUUACACCCAUACAUACAUACAUACAUACUUACAUACAUACAUACAUGCAUACGUAUGUACAUUCAUACUUACAUAUGUACAUACAUAAAUACAUACAUACAUACAUACAUACAUACAUACAUACAUACAUGCAUACAUGCAUACAUACAUAUAUACUUACAUACAUACGUACAUAGAUAUAUACACAUAUAUACAUACAUACAUACAUACACACAUACAUAGGCCUACAUCAUACACAUAUAUACAAAAUACAUACAUACCUAGAAAAUUAUAAUUUGUGAUAAACACAUUAAAUUUUGUCCCAUUUUAAUUAUAAUAAAUCUUGAUUUUAAUUACUAAACGCCUUUAUUUACUCAGUUUAAAAAUAAAAAAUAAAUUUAAAAAAGAAUUAUCUUUAACCUAUGAAAACUGUAAAUGUUUCUAUAACAUUGACUCUAACAUUACUAAACAUAACAUUACUAAACGCCUUUAUUUACUCAGUUUAAAAAUAAAAAAGAAUUAUCUUUAAUCUAUGAAAAGUGUAAAUGUUUCUAUAACAUUGACUCUUGGUUUAAUCCUCAACCAUAUUUGUAUCCCAUCAAUGCUAUAGCUGCAUGGAUCGGUGGUAACACAAACGUCCUUGCACCAAAUAAAAGAUCAAGAAACAAGGCUGCAUGUAAUGUUGACGCCCCCAGACUGGUUGAUAUAAAAAAUAUUCAGAACUCUUUUGGCUGCUUCCAAGCUACUAAAAACUUAGACGGACUUGUUAUCAAUCCCAAUCCAAACUGUGAUGAAUUACUUCCCUAUAUUUGUGAAUAUG